CGUCAGUCAGUACUAAACUAUUGUUUAUUAUUUUAAUACGCUGGGUUUGGUGUAUUAAAUGUAUGCCAAACUGAAUGUGAAACCGUGAAGAUAUAAGAAAUGUAGUUGAUAUAAAUUCGGUUGAAUUGCUCUAGCCAAAACACGAUUCGUUGUCUGCUGUUUGGAGACCAUUCAGCCAAACGCCAUUGUAAAAACUCAAAGUUAUAUGAUUUCUCCUUAGUCGUUAACUAUUAAUACUUAAUAUGAUAUUAAAGAUGAGCCUGGCGGAAAGUGUAGAUUGUUGUGGUAAAUUCGGGAUAUAUAUUAUCGAUCAAGCAGCACUGUUUUCAUACAAAACUGUUAUUUUCGCAUUCGUGACACUGUUUAGUAGCUGCUGUCCACCACCUUGGAUUUAGAGAGGUUAUAUUUUCUCACAAAAUGGCGAUACUUGGUGUAUUACACAUAUGCCGAAUUAAAGAGGGGUCCACACGUAUUUACUACAUUAAAUUUGUUUUCUAAAGGCUUGCGUUAAAUUAAAAGAUUUUUAGAUGUGAAAAAAAUCUCAAAUGAAAUUUAAGCGUUCAGCGUUAGUAAAACAAUGGUUCCGCUGGCGUGUUUCUAGUCGGACACAAUAACAUUGAACAAACCAUAGUUGACAGGACUUGUAGCUGUGAGGCGACUAGUUUUAAUGAUGAAAACUGAAGUUAGUUGAUGAUGAAUUAAGUAUGAUUAGCAGGAGUAGUUCGGACUCUCAGCUCCUCUAAAUGGACCCGGUCCACAGAGCUCUGCUGCGGACACACCGGCUGGAGCUGUCCGGGCAGCUGCUGGUCAGUGACACCAUCGUUCCGUUUCUGUACCAGGAGAACAUUUUAACGGAGGCUCAGGUGGAGGACGUCGAGUCUCAGCCCACCAACAGACAGAAGUGUCUGAAGCUGCUGGACAUCCUGCCGAGCCGCGGGCCCCGGGCCUUUGACUCGUUCCUGCGGUCUCUGGAGGAGUUCAGCUGGGUCAGAGACAAACUGCUGCUGGAGCUGCAGACACCUGGACCUGGACCUGGACCUGGACCUGGACCUGGACCUGGAGCCAGCUCAACAGACGUCUGGCGGUUUCCCGACUCGGUUCUCCAGAAGGUUCCUUCAGAUCGGGACUUGUCCCGGCUGGCGUCUCGGCUCGGCUCUGAGUGGGAGGCGGUCCUGAUGGAUUUGGGUCUGUCUGCGGAGGAUCUGUUCCGGUGUCGGUCCGAUCACCAGCUCAGUACUCACGGGGCGGUCCUGGCUGGUCUGGUUCAGUGGAGACGAUGUGAAGGGAAGAAAGCGACAGUGCAGAGGCUGAUGCAGAGUCUGCAGGCUGCUGACGUCCAUCCGUCCGUCCUGGAGGUCCUGAUGUGAUCCCUUAUAGUCAUGUGUACAGUCACUGUGUCAUCAUUCCUCUAAUACAAGACUUCUUUUAUCAAAUCAAGCUUUAAUCACAUUUUCAUCUGAUGACGUUUACAUUUUUUAUGUCAUUACAUAAUUUAACAAGGACUCUGAUAACUGAUUAUUAUUACGGAGCAAAAGAUUUUAAUCUGUUAAAUCAUAACCUCAAAAUAAGAUCAGAUUUUCAAGGUUUAAAUCCGGGGGGCCAUAUUCACAAAGCUUCCUUGUUCAGAGAGUUGCUCCUUGUGACGGAUUUCUAAUUAAGUUCUUAGAAUUGUGCCGUUGUCUUUAGAAUUUCCCCUUAAAGUUAAGACUAAGUCCUUGUAAAAAUAAAAGUUACUCACAGAGCAUCUUAGACCUUAAAAGUGCUCCUGGGGUGAAACAGUUCGGAGCAGAGAGGAGGACUUUAAGAGACAUGAGUUUAAUUUGUCCCGAGUUAGGUCGGAGAAAUAUUCUCCAAACACUUCUUCUCCUGACGUACGUCUGAAAACCUUCAGCUCCAUUAAGGCAAGCCAAUCCAGUGUUUCAUCAUCCAGGUCAAUUAGACCCCGAUCGCCAUUCAGUGGCCUGUGUUUGGGGCAGCUGGUUAUUACGUGCUCCACAGUUUGUAGUGGAUCCCUGCAUUCGCAGUUGGCACUGUCCACCAGACCCCAUUUUUGCAUUGCUGCCCCGACGCGUCCCACGCCUGUCCUCAGGUGGUUGAGGGUCGUCCAGGAACAUCUGUAGGGUCUUCAGUGUAGUGGUGGAGCCUUGAUGGUUCUGCUGACCUCCACUGGUCCCUCCACCGUGCCUUGACCCAGGCGACCUUGGAGGGAUCAGAUGGUGUUGUACAGAGCAGUUCUUGGAUGUGUGUGGCAAAGGGGCGCUAGGACUUGAGAAGCAAGCGCUGUGGUGUCUCCGAAAUGAACUGUGAUGCUACAGAUUUGAUCGUGCAGGAAUUAUGUGUGUGUUUGACCUCAUUAGGGAUACACACACAUUUACCACCCAGUGAAAUAAAAAAUAACGCCAGAAACAAAAUGAUCACAACACCAAUGUAUUUGGGAAACUCAUAUUGUGAUGCAGUUCAUUUCAUUUCCACUGGGUGUCCACACCUUGCAGGCUCACGUAGAGGUGUGUCUCUGACAACCAAUCACAUCUGUUAAAACCAAGCAUCACACCUAGCCACAGGGUCGACCACACCUCCUCACUGAGGUAAAAGUUCCUGUCCCUUCCUUGCUCAGAGCUGCUCUGAGAACUUUCCUAAAUCACUCCUAAGCUAGGACUCCUUACUAAAAAUGUUUAGGCUAAGUUAGGAGCUCUCUGAGAGGAUGUUUGUGAAUAUGGGCCCUAAUUUACAGAUAAAUGGCAGAAAUCUUGAUUAAAAGUCAGAAUUCUAAGAUUAAAUUUGGGAUACUGAGAAAAUUGAUUCUGAAUUUUGAGAUGAAGAAGAAUUAAAGAUUAAAAGUCUGUCUUAUGAUAUUGAUUUCAGAAAUAUAAGGUUGAAAGUCUUACUUUUAAGAUACACGGUGGCAUACUGAGAGAAUUAAGUCAGAAUUUUAAGAUAAAAAUCAGGAGUCAAUGUGGAAUAAAAAUACAAAUUAUAACAUUAGAAAUCCAAAGGAUCAACAUUUAAGUCCAAAUUUUGAGAAAAAAUGUCUGAAUUUUAAGGUUUAAACCAGAAUUUUGAGGUAAAAUCCCUCAGCGUGAGGUUUUGCAGUAAUACAAACAGAGUCCUGGGGUGAAAACAUGACUGAAGAAAUGUGGCUCAGCCUAUUUUAAUUAAAUAACACCUGCUUUUAUUAAACAAGUUUUAUUCAAAUCUGUUUUAAAUCAAAGGCUAAAUGUGUUUCUUCUUCUUGCCUUUCAUUGUUGUGACAUUGUCGGGUUAUUUCCUGUUUGAACGUCCCGUCUCCCUCAGACUUCAGACUUUCACACAUUUUCCUUGAAGCCAGCGAUUAGGUUUUAUCAGAAAGCCAUUCAACAACAACACACAUACGCACACACGCACACGCACACGCGCACGCACGCACGCACGCACACACACACACACACACACACACACACACACACACACACACACACAAUAACAAUGGCUGCUCUCACUGUACUUCAUUAAUUCCUCAACAGUUCCUGAGGAUCAGCUUUCUGUGUCCAGGCUUUUAAGGUGGACUGACGAGAUGUGAGAGCAGCACUGGAGCUGAACUGUUUAUUUGUUUUUGUCUCAAAAUUCAAACACUUUGUGAAUUUCAGUGACUUUUUUUGAUGAAGAGUUUGUAAAAGUUCAAAUUUAACUAAAUAAAAUAAAGUUUAAAGUUAAAUAUCCCUCA